AUGCCCAUGCAGAAGGAAAUCGAAUGGGAUGCCGUUCGAGCGAUGCUGGGGCAGGAGUCCCGGCCAAGCAUCAGCAACGCCUGCAGCUCAGACGUUGACGCACCGCUAGUGCAGCUUGUUGGGCACCGAAGCAUGGAGACGGCCCAAGUCGUCGUCAACAAGCUCAAGGAACGCGGCAUCUGCGUCAUUAAAGCCGGGGCAGAUAG